UCUGUUGUCUCACCUGCAAGAUAUAUUUCCUUCCUAAGAUGCACAUGAUCUUCACAUCUCUGAUCUUGGAUUAGCAUGUACCUCUUGACAUAAGCUUCCAUUUUUAUUAGGACUAGGAUUUCUUCGUGCAAACAUGGUGAAACUUCUGAUGGAGCAUCGCGGUGGCAUCCCUCGGUGGUACUCCAUCGUCUUCCCUGGCAUGCUUGAGCUGGCACUGGCCAAAGGCCUACCUGUUCUUCCCGACGGCGGCAGCAUGCCAGCAGUGAACAACGUCUUCAACAGAAGAGAAACCAUAUUGGCAAUGGAAAAAUCUUCCAGCAACGAUCGCCACCCCCCGCUGACGUCGUUCCUUGAGGCCCUGCCAAUAAGCUGCAGGCCAAAUCAUGAAGUUAUUCUUAGGCUUCAGAUGGAAGACGGCUCGCUCUUCCACUCUCCUUCUGCAACCGCUUGUGCUUUCAUGAUUACAGGCGAUAGGAAUUGCUUGGAGUACCUACAGACCAUGCUGAAACGAUGCAGUAACGUGGUUCCUUCCGUGUUUCCUGUGGACGAAGAUCUCAUAAAGCUGUGUCUGGUGGAUCAUUUGAGGAGGUUAGGGUGUGGUGAGCAUUUUGCGGAAGAAAUACGAGGCGUUAUGGACCAUACUUACAGGUAUGGCAUUGUGUGGCUACUGCAACUCAUUGGAAGAGCCAUCGAGAGGAAGUUUUGUUGGUUUAUGGAUGAGAAAGAUGUGCUCACGCAUAUCAUGGAGAACUACACUGAAUUCUUAGGAGCCAUGGUUGGUGUCUACAGAGCAGCACACUUUAUGUUCCCCGAGGAAGUUGAGCUUCACAAUGCCAAAGUUUUUGCUAUGAAAGUAUUGCAUAAGUGUUUGCAUUUAGAAGGCAACAAUGCCGACUUGACCGGUUUUGAGAAAGAGAUUGAGCAUGAAAUGGAACUCCCAUGGCUCGCUCGAAUGGACCAUCUUGAGCAUCGGAUGUAUAUAGAGAGAAGCAAAGGUUAUAUAACGUGGAUCGGAAAGACCAACACUUGCAGGCUUUCAUGUUCCUCGUUCGUCAUCAAAUUAGCAAUUAAAAGCUUCUUAAACCGCCAAUCACUUUACAAAAAUGAACUUGAGGAACUCAAGAGGUGGUCCGAAGGAUCAGGGCUGUCCAAAAUGGGAUUUGGCCGAGAGAAGACAACCUAUUGUUACUUUCUAGCCGCCGUUCCGACAUGUCUUCCUCUACAUUCGGAUCUACGGAAGAUAGUUGCAAAAUGUGCAAUCAUAGUCAUCAUUGCAGAUGAUUUCUUCGACGAGAAAGGUUCUCUAAAUGAACUAGAAUGCCUAACUGAAGCUGUGCAUAGGUGGAAAGGAGAAAGCUUGUGGGGCGAUGCGAAAGUAAUUUUUGAUGCACUCGACGAACUUGUACGUGAUAUAGCUUUCAAAUCAUUUAGUCAGUAUGAUAAUGGUGUGGAAGAUGUUCUUCAUGACAUGGUAAGGUUUGAUCUUUCUCUUUUCUCGAUUAACAUACACUAA